GCUCCCUGAAACCGCUGCCGCUGAUGAAUGUCGAUGCUGGGAUGCGUUGUGGCUCAUCGGCUGUUGACGAGGGCAGCAGGAGGCAUCUCCAUCGUCUCUCGGCGGCAGCUGAGGGGUCGCAUGAGCAUUGACAAGCACCGCUGCAGCCCAACCAACAUGUGCCAAGACCGAGGAAUGCAUCACUCGUCGCCCACCGCUCUCUCGCCCGCGUACCCACCCCCCGACCUGAAAGAGCGAGAAGCGCCCACCAGCGCGUCGGAGCACAACACGGACGAUUCAGCGGUGCUGAGCCACUCGGAAGACAUCAUGAAUGGCGUGCCGACAAAGGACAGCUUCGCCUCGCUGCCGCCCGAGUGGCCUCCGCCCCGCGCGCCCCUUUGCCGCGUGUUGUUGGUGGACAAAUUGACUCGCUACGAGGCGUACCUGCGUGAGCACCACGCGCAGUGCGAGAAGGCGCGUGUCAAGUUCCCCAACAUGUACAAGACGUACGUGAUCCACCGGCGGAGCAGCGAGCUGAUCCAGAAGCUGCUGCACCAGAAUGGGGUGGAGGUGACGGUGUACAAGAGCCUCUCGAGGUCGAUUGAGAUGUCGCAGCUGGCAGAGUUUGACGCCGUCAUAUCGGCGGGGGGCGACGGGACCUUCCUCGACGCCGCCUCACUCAUCUCGCCCAUAUCAGGAACAGGUGACUGACAACGAUGCGCGCACACAGACAGACACACACACACACGGAGAGAGAAGUGUGUGUUGUGUGCGCUGCGCAAUGGUUCGUCUGUCAGGUCACCUGCCGUUGUUUGGGCUGAAUACGGAUCCCGAGCGGUCUGAGGGCCGGCUGCUGAUGAACAAGGAGGGCGAGUCGAUAGAGUCGGCCGUGCAGCGCAUCCUCGAAGGAGACUACACGCGACUCAACAGGCAGCGCAUCCACAUCACCAUCAAGUCAGACGGCUCACCGCUCGGCAGCACCUCGCCCCGCAGUGUCACAAUGGCCACAUCGCCAUCACACGCCCACGCGACCCACCACCCUUCCCCCCAAACAACACCCCCAUCCACAUGCUACCCGGCGGCUGCUGUUGAGAAGAGGGCGUCGAGUGAGGACGGUCAGAUGAUGAUGUGGAUGAUGCUGAGCCACCGGCCGCUCAACGACGUCAUGGUGGCCGCACUCGAGGCCAUGCCCACCGUCUACUGCGAGGUCAAAGUGGACGACAGGGAACCUGAGCGGCAGAAACACUCGGGCAUCAUCAUCUGCACCGGUGGGGUGAGGUGGGGUGGAAGGGAGGGAAGAGCGAUGGAUGCAUGGAAUGCAUGCACUGCACUCACUGCACGCAGCCAUUGAUUGGUGUGUGUGUCAUGCCUCCAUCGAUCCAUCAACCAACAGGGACUGGGUCGACUGCCUGGGCGUACAACGUGUCUAAGGUGCGGCCGUCGGUGGUAGAGCACGUCUUGGAGGCCUUCGCGGACUCGCAGAGCAGCAACCCAGAGGCACAAAGUGCCAUCAGACAAGGUAGGUACCUACCUGGGCAGGCAGACAGCCAUGUGACAUGUCGCGGGUGACAGUGACUCUGGCUAUGUAGCAGCCCUGUCUAACGGUGGCCGCGAUAUGGUAGACGAGGUGACUGAGGCCGUCAACUCGACCUUGGUGUUCGAUCCCGAGGUGCCCCUGCUCAGAUGGACCAUCAGAGAGCCCAUCGAAAACAGGUAUGUAUGUGUGCAUAUGUAUGUGUGCAUGGGAGAGACAGACAGACGCAAGCCGCCCACGCCUCACUCCUAUAUUCGCUUUCGUUCGGGUGUGUGUUAUGUUAAUUAAGGGUGUUUCAAGUGAGCAAGUCGUCGGGCCACGCGCACCGUGUGAGUGUGCGGCCCCUGUCGGCUCCCCUGUAUCUGUUUUUGGACGGCCUCACGACCAUUCCCCUCAACAUCGACCAGACCGCAUACUUCACCGUCGACCCACAAGACGCCCUGCACACAGCGCUGUGAACGCAACACAACACAUACACACGGGCAGAGGCAGGCAGGCAGCCAGGC